CUCCCAGAAGUCUUUGGGAGGCGGCCCCGCGGCUCAGGCGACUGGUUGGUACCGGGGAAGAUGGCGGCGCCGGAGCUCAGGCGCUAGGGAAGUUCGCACCGCGGACGCCCGUUGGGCUUGGCGCACGGGCCGGCCAGGAGCUGGUGACUGCCCUCAUGUGUGACUUGCGGCGGCCAGCAGCAGGUGGGAUGAUGGACUUGGCCUACGUCUGUGAGUGGGAGAAAUGGUCCAAGAGCAGCCACUGCCCGUCGGUGCCCCUGGCCUGCGCCUGGUCCUGCCGAAAUCUCAUCGCCUUCACCAUGGACCUGCGCAGUGAUGACCAGGACCUGACCCGCAUGAUCCACAUCCUGGACACGGAGCACCCCUGGGACCUGCACUCCAUCCCCUCAGAGCACCACGAGGCCAUCACCUGCCUGGAGUGGGACCAGUCAGGCUCCCGGCUCCUGUCAGCAGACGCCGACGGGCAGAUCAAGUGCUGGAGCAUGGCGGACCACCUGGCUAAUAGCUGGGAGAGCUCGGUGGGCAGCCUAGUGGAGGGGGACCCCAUUGUGGCCCUGUCCUGGCUGCACAACGGUGUGAAGCUGGCCCUGCACGUGGAGAAGAUGAGACGGAGGGUCAGAGGGGACCACAUCCCACACGGCUCAGGUGGCCAGUCAGGCGCCUCCAGCUUCGGGGAGAAGUUCUCCCGGGUCAAGUUCUCACCGUCACUCACGCUGUUUGGCGGCAAGCCCAUGGAGGGCUGGAUUGCGGUGACGGUCAGCGGCCUGGUCACCGUGUCCUUGCUGAAGCCCAGCGGGCAAGUGCUGACGUCCACCGAGAGCCUGUGCCGGCUGCGCGGCCGUGUGGCCCUGGCCGACAUCGCCUUCACGGGCGGCGGCAACAUCGUGGUGGCCACGGCGGACGGCAGCAGCACGUCGCCCGUGCAGUUCUACAAGGUGUGCGUGAGCGUGGUGAGUGAGAAGUGCCGUAUCGACACGGAGAUCCUGCCCUCCCUGUUCAUGCGCUGCACCACCGACCUCAACCGCAAGGACAAGUUCCCCGCCAUCACCCACCUCAAGUUCCUGGCCCGGGACAUGUCGGAGCAGGUGCUUUUGUGCGCGUCCAGCCAGACCAGCAGCAUCGUGGAGUGCUGGUCCCUGCGCAAGGAGGGCCUCCCCGUGAACAACAUCUUCCAGCAGAUCUCCCCCGUGGUUGGUGACAAACAGCCCACGAUUCUCAAAUGGCGGAUCCUGUCGGCCACCAACGAUCUGGACCGUGUGUCGGCCGUGGCACUGCCCAAGCUGCCCAUCUCGCUCACCAACACCGACCUCAAGGUGGCCAGCGACACACAGUUCUACCCUGGCCUCGGGCUGGCCUUGGCCUUCCACGAUGGCAGCGUCCACAUCGUGCACCGGCUCUCACUGCAGACCAUGGCCGUCUUCUACAGCUCCGCGGCCCCGAGGCCCGUGGACGAGCCGGCCGUCAAGCGCCUCCGCAGCGCAGGCCCCGCCGUCCACUUUAAGGCCAUGCAGCUCUCCUGGACCUCCCUGGCUCUGGUGGGCAUUGACAGCCAGGGGAAGCUGAGCAUGCUCCGCCUCUCACCCUCCAUGGGCCACCCGCUGGAGGUGGGGCUGGCGCUGCGGCACCUGCUCUUCCUGCUGGAGUACUGCAUGGUGACUGGCUACGAUUGGUGGGACAUCCUGCUGCACGUGCAGCCCAGCAUGGUGCAGAGCCUGGUGGAGAAGCUGCAUGAGGAGUACACGCGCCAGACCGCCGCCCUGCAGCAGGUCCUCUCCACCCGGAUCCUGGCCAUGAAGGCCUCGCUCUGCAAGCUGUCACCUUGCACGGUCACCCGCGUGUGCGACUACCACACCAAGCUCUUCCUCAUCGCUAUCAGCUCCACCCUGAAGUCGCUGCUGCGCCCUCACUUCCUCAACACGCCCGACAAGAGCCCCGGCGACCGGCUGACGGAGAUCUGCGCCAAGAUCACCGACGUCGACAUUGACAAGGUCAUGAUCAACCUCAAGACGGAGGAAUUUGUCCUGGACAUGAACACACUGCAGGCGCUGCAGCAACUCUUGCAGUGGGUGGGCGACUUUGUGCUGUACCUGCUGGCCAGCCUACCCAACCAGCAGGGCUCCCUGCUGAGGCCAGGCCACAGCUUCCUGCGGGACGGCACCUCGCUGGGCAUGCUUCGGGAAUUGAUGGUGGUCAUCCGCAUCUGGGGCCUUCUGAAGCCCAGCUGCCUGCCCGUGUACACGGCCACCUCAGAUACCCAGGACAGCAUGUCCCUGCUCUUCCGCCUGCUCACCAAGCUCUGGAUCUGCUGUCGCGAUGAGGGCCCAGCGAGCGAGCCAGACGAGGCGCUGGUGGACGAGUGCUGCCUGCUGCCCAGCCAGCUGCUUAUCCCCAGCCUGGACUGGCUGCCCGCCAGCGACGGCCUGGUCAGCCGCCUGCAGCCCAAGCAGCCCCUUCGUCUGCAAUUCGGCCGGGCGCCCACGCUGCCUGGCAGUGCUGCCACCCUGCAGCUCGACGGCCUCGCCAGGCUCGAGUGCAGUAGUGCCAUCUUGGCUCACCGCAACCUCUGCCUCCCGGGUUCAAAUGAUUCUCUUACCUCAUCUUGCCCAGUAGCUGGGAUUACAGGCAUCAGCCACCACACCCAGGUAUUUUUUGUAUUUUUGGUACAGAUGGGGUUUUGCCAUGUUGGCCAGGCUGGUCUUGAACUCCUGACCUCAAGCGAUCCACCCGCCUUGGCAUCCCAAAGUGAUGGGAUUACAGGUGUGAGCCACCGCGCCGGCCUUGCUGUACAGGGCGCCCUGCCUUAGUCUCUGGCCCCUCUGGAUGUCAGGCCUCGCCGUAAAUCCCUUUAUUGAUGGAGUGACGCUGUAGCAUGGCCCGGGGCCCCGCUGAGCACAGACACCUCCUCUGGAGGAUCUCCCGGGGGUAAGAGGUCACCUGCAGGGCCCGGGGCUGGCCUUUCUCUGGAACAUGCGGGGUUUGGGCAACCCAAGCCUGCUGACCUGACCCUGACCACCCAGCAGCCCUGUGAGGUGGGACCUUGCACCCCAUUUCACGGUGAGGAAACCCAGCCAGGGAAGGGCAGGACCUUGUCACCACCACUCAUCUCGGGUCACGUGGUCAGGAAGUGGCCGAGUCAGGAUUUGAACCCGGGCCCGUCAGACCUCCAGCCUGUUUGAGACACACGUUUGACAAGGAGCACAUGGAAACCCUCUGAGCCGCCGAUCGCUCAUAGCUGGAAUCUUAGAAAACACAGAUGAGCAGAAGGAAGAAAAUGAAGUGAACCUCCAGCAGCCCUGCCCUCAGGGAAGGCCCCGGCUUGGCUCUGGGACCUCUGGGGAAGGCGCCCUGGCUUGGCUCUGGGACCGCUAGCAUUUUCUUGCUCGUGUUCACUGUGGGAGUCACGCACGAGGGUUUGGGUUUCAGGGAAAGACUUGAUGGAAAGAGAGGACGGUUACAUCAGAGGCUUGUAAACUGGGAAAAUUUCAAAUAUUUAAGGAGAGCAGAAUAAGCCGGCCCACCCCCACCCAGACCCAGGUCCCCCACCCGCCACCCGCCACCGAGGGCAGCUUUUGCCACCAGAAUCUUGUUGUACAGAGGUCCCAGCGCCUCCAGGCCGGGUGUCUGGGCAGAGGUGGUGUGGAACUCCCCACGUCCCCGCUUCUGUCCAGCCUCAAGGAGCGUCGCAGGCACCUUCUCUGCACCUCAGGCUCCCCGGGCACCUGGGAGACCAACCCUCCUCCUGUGUGGGGGGUCCCGCCCCCUUUACUGGGCCUGUCUCGGUCCCGCACCUCCCACCUCACUGUUCACAGACACCUGGGCCCACCUGGCAGAUGGUGUGAGGCCGGCUAUCCCCCCUGUGGACAGAAGCUCCUGCCGGAACCUGGCCUCAUGGUGCCCAGGCCUCCCUCACGCUCUCCCAUCUCC